AACUUAAGGGAAAAAGAAAGGCAGAGGAAGAACUUGUGAUUACUAAGCCGAAGAAAAGGAGAUGGGAAGUAAAUGGUGCCAUUCAACCAAGUAUAGUUCAUGCUGUAUACUUCGUAGAUCCAAUAGAAGAGAGUCGUCCACUUCUAGAGAAAAUCCAAGAAGGUCAAUUUGUGGCUCUACAUGGACCUAGAGCAUCUGGAAAAACUACUCGAGCACUGAUGCUUAAGGAACAAGUACAAAAAGAAGGCUUAGCUUGCAUAUACGCAUCUUUUGAACAAGUCAACUUAAAAAAUAGUGUAGACGUAUUCUGGAAAACACUCGGCAUGGCACUUCAGCGUGAUGCACGUGAAUUUUUUGGCCCUCUAAAAAACCUAUCAAUUAAAUCCGCAACCGAUUUUCUUAACACUUUUCAUAGAGACCAGUGGAAGUUUUCAGAUACUGUCAUUCUGCUCGAUGAAUUUGAUAUGCUGUAUAGUGCAAUGGAAGAUGUUCGCACCUCGUGUCUGACAACUUUUCGUAGUAUAAAACCCAGCAAACAAAACUAUGCCAUCCGCUCAAUCAUUGCCAUCGGAAUCUUCAGCAUCCUACAUUUAAACUCUAAUAACUUGACCACUUCACCGCUCAAUGUUAAUGAACCAUUCCGCAAUCCAAACUUUACUUUGGAACAAGUACAGCUCCUAUACAAAGAAUUCACGGAUGAAUAUGAGUUGACUAUUGACCAGGAGGUUAUCGAGGACAUAUAUAUACAAACAAAUGG